UUAUCCAGCCGUGGAGUGUGGCGGAUGCAGUCUUCGCAGUCUCUUGCUGUGUGAGAAGAAGAAGGAGACGCGCAUGCGCCCUGCGCAGCCUUUGAGCAGACGUGUGAACGUGAAAAUCCGUAGGUUUUGAUACAUACGGUUUCGUUAGUUGUGUUAUGUGAAGUGUGGCAUGGGUCUGGGCACGUGUCGCAGUGCGGGCUGCGACGACGCACGUCCUACGCCAGUGCGGAUCCGGUUGCUCGUCAGCGUUGUGUUGUGAAUGGGCUGCGUGUGCAGUGCUGGUGACAAGAAGUGGAAUUGGUACUGCUACGGCUACUGGUGGUUGGGCAGACGAAAUUCCUAGGCCUAACGAUAUUCAGCGAUUCAUCGAAAGAUGCACAGUGGUACUGCCGACAGACUCCGGAUAGGCAACGAAGUGAGGGAACUGAAACUUGGCCGCAGUUUCUCGAGCAGCUCCGGCUCGGCAUUCCAUUCCAUUAGGUACGACUUCAAGCCGGCAUCUGUAGAUACGUCCAAGUCUGCCAACGUCGAAGUGGGGGAGAAGAACCAAAUCACUGUGACUGUGCCGCACAUCGAGAACCCUCUGUCCCAGGGCUCCGGUACGGCGCACACGGUGUUCAAGGGCUCGCAGCGGCCAUACCAGCGGGAGUGUGUCCUGGUCGUCGACAACGUCACCGGUGAGGUGACACUCGAGAGGCUUAGCUGUAACAUCCAGCUCAAGAAGACCAGAGCCGAAGGGAGCAGCAAGAUCCAGCCACGGCCCAUCACCCCCAUCGACAGUGGCAGCAGUGGUGGUGGAGGAUCGCGCAAGCAUUCUCCCUCACAGAAACUCUCCCCUCCUCAGCCGCAGACGAAUGGCAAGCAUAGCUGGUCCUCGAGCUCCCCAAACGGGCCCCAGCAGUCACAGUCACAAUUGCAACAGCAGCGUACUAGCCAACAGCAGCCAAGGAUCUCUCCAAGCCAGCCACAAGCUCAGCGUAGCAGUCCCCCUGGCAGCCAGAGCAGCCCCUCCAUGCCAACCCUGCUGACACCUCGAGAGGGAGGCGGCUCCUUGAGCCGGGCUCCCUCGGCCAGCAGGGACAGCAUGCCACUGCUGACCACUGAGACCCUCCAUGACUGCCAAGAAGAAGUUCCUGAUGUGGGCGUGUUGUCGGACUCUAGUGAUUCGAGCAACUCUACUAGCAAGAGCUCUGCCAGCUCAGACUCCAGUGACUCUGAACAUGAGGAUGCUCCACCGACACCACAGAAAAACUCUUCCUCUCAGCCUUCCCACUCUUCCAGGGGUCCUCAUGCCACUGUAAAUGGAACAAAUGGCCAGCACUCCAAUAAUGCUUCCUUCUCAAGCAUGCCCAGGUUUAGCCAACUGAGUGAAGAUCUGCACUUAAGUGAAUCUGGCAGCGACAGCGAUGACUAAGCACUCACAGCCAACAGCAGGUCACGUAGCUCCAAGCAACAUUAGCAUGACUAAAAAAAAGGGGCUUGUCUCCUCGUCAACUUGAAGACAAAGAGGCACAGCUUUGAGGAGGUGAAAGGACUUCAGCACACAAACACACACAACCAUGGCACUUCUCCCUGUUUUCUCUCACUCAAAGACGGAACAGAGUGGGCACAACGAGAGAGACUAGCAAUUCUUUUUUUUUUUUCUGUCCUACGCGUGGCACUAGGGAAGCCAGCACAGCGAGCUCUGUUAAUGUGGAGCAGUGACUUCAUCUUGUUCUGUUUCUGUGCCGUUUCUGUAUGCCUGGGCAGUACAGUGUGUUCUGCGUGUUGUUUUUUAUGUUGUGUUUUCCUCAUUGUUCAUAGAGUGUGCCUGCAGAAUGUGUGAGCACAUUAUUUGUGCUUUAUUACUGAUGCCUUUUUUUAUAGUAUUUUUCUUCCUUCACGUUUUGUGUUUUUGUUUGUUUCCGUUCAGCAAUGUUUAUCGCACAAAAAUGAACUCUGGUGGAAAAGACUGUUGCUGCUAUUCAUGGUUCACAUGCAUGCCAACGGCGCAGAAUUAUUGUGCUUUGUUCAUGCCCGAUUACUACAAAAUCGUCCUAAAGAAAUAAAGGGAAGAAUUUGUGGUACUGAUGAAUCUUGUCACAUAGCGUUUACUUAAGCAUGAAAUGUUGCCACUGUUGAUUUAAUUUGCUCAGUAGGAGGGAGGCUUCCAAGGUGAAUUAUUGCUUAUCACAAUCACGACUGCAUAACAAUUCUACUCCAAUUUCAUAUCGUUCACCCUUUGGCAUCGACUCGAAUGCCUGCGGAUGCUGCCAUUAUUGCUGGGAUUGGCCAUUUGAUAGGAUGUAUGACAUAAAAAGAAUGGGAUCCAAAAAAUUAAUUGCAUCAUUUGGCGUGGGAUGCACACUCUUCUAGGAUCAUGAAGUCUCGCUUAAAUUGUGGCAAAUGGACUCAUUUGACUUGCUUGUUAGUGCAUAACUGCUUCAUGCAUAGUAUUUUCAGGGUCAUACACUUUGCUCACAAUCUGCUUGAUGAGUAAUAAUUCUGUCUCUUAUUCGUGAUAGGCUGCGCAACAGCAGGAAACAAACCGUACUGCAUAAUGCUGCCAAGGUAGUGUUUGAGUGCUACAAGGCUUAUACUUAUCACACAAGGUAAUGGAGGCAACAGCACCAUUGUAACGUUCCCACCAUAGAGUUUCCUACAGUACUACCUAGGGGCAACUCUAGCACCACUGUCAAGUGCAACAAGUCAUGCAAGUUUCUCAAAGUCCACUCUGGCACCAUGGGUAUGCAAGGAUAAUUAAGGUUCAGUUUUCCUUGAGCAUCACUUGACCAGUCAUGGGUGCCAAAAUAAAGGCCUCUUGAAAAUAAAUCUUCGUAACAUAUCUUCGUUCUCCCAUACUAAAUCUUGCAUUAAUGGUUGUACAUGUACCGCCACUGUAACCUUGGUGACAAAGAGGCUGAAGUGAACCGAGCCCAAGGUUAAAAUAUGCUUAGUUCCCAACUGGGCGGUUGCCAUAUUAGACGAUUCCUCAGCAGUCACCAACAUGGCCGUGUGCACGGCCAGGAUGGCUUCUGCAAAAAGAUGCGUUAGCUCAGCGCUAUUCAACGACCGAAUAAUUUCGUGUCCCGCAGUAGAAGGUCAAGCCGAGAAGAAAGCGUUGGCGGGAAUCUCUCUGUUGAAGAGAAAAUGCCACCAGAGCUGAGACAAUGUGCCGUUGACAUACAGCUGUGCCUCCACUUCGGCAAACCACAUGCCAGGGCUGGGCAGACAGUAGAGCCGCAGUUGUAAACUCUAUGGGUUGUCUAACUGGAGAGGGUGCGGUUCUUCUUAUGGCUAAUCCAUGGUCGUGGACACUUGGUGGCUAGCAGUGCCUAGCCAGUCCUUGCUAGUGUGUUGGAUCUGAUGGCCUUGAUCCCUAAUUAGGUUUGGCAAAGUAGCGAUGAGCUGCCACAUUUUUUGUGAACCCAGCCCAGCCAUGGGCAUCGCCAUGUUGACUGAAAAAUCGGCUUGGAUGGCAAUUGCUCAUUGGGACGCCAAGCAUGUUCUUACCUCUAGCUCGGCGCAUUUUUGCCUUGUCGUCCCCACAUUUACGAUGGCGUUACACCCACAUGUUGUGUAACAAGCAAAUGAAGAAAGUAGUAACAUGCAAUUGAAAUCGGCACACUGUGAGCAUGUGAAACCUUCUUGUCUUUCCUCCAACUUUAGUGACCCACCAGUAAUGGUCUCAGUCAGUAUAACUGUAAACCCUAGCGUAAGUGCUGAUGUUCUUACUUUUUCUUUUUAAGUUUUUUGCACAGUAAUAGAGGAAGAAAACAGCAUUUCACGCAUUAUUUAACGGAGACUAAAACGUUGUGGCAGAUGAAACAAUGGCUGCCAGUUGCUUCUGCGAGCUGUCCUGGCUCUCCAAAAAAAAGAUGCCCAUCCAAAGCACCCACUUAUUGGCACUCCCACGCGUACAACAGCAUAGCAGCGCCAUUUUACUCCCUUGUAAUUGUAAGAAACUCUAUGGUCCCCACUAUGAGCAUAAAAUGCUUGGCUGGGCUAUUAUCCAAAUCACAUAAUGAGAAAUACAAUAAUAUAAGGAUGCUUCCAUCAACAUGCCUCCAUGUACAUCGCAGGUGGCUCUACAAGAAGCCCUUGCUUUUCUUAAUUUCCAUAAGUGCACUACCAUUAGUGUUGAUAAAGUUUGUAUGCAGACUGUAAACCAGUGCUUGAAUUUUAUUCUAAUUCAUAAUGCCUUGCACAUUGCAUUACCUUAUCGAAUGUUGAUCUACAAUUGCCUGCCACUGUGAACAGCAUAUUUGUGCUGCUGUUCCAUCGAUAGGAGGCUGCUCUCCAACUAUGGCGAAUGUUAGUAAAGAAUACAAUUGUACUACUACUGAUGAAAGCUUUAGAAAGUGUGAUGUAUCAUUCUUGAUUAUCAGACUUUGCUCCAUCUGGCGUUUUUCCUUCUCAUAACAAGGUUUAUCUCCUGUUUAGCUGAAGUGAAAAGCAAAUCACAAAAGUAAAUGUUUCACUUUUUUUUUAUAUUGCCAGUGGAUGCAGUCUGUGCGACACUAUGCAAACAGCCUGGUGAUAACAUAACCAUUCCAGUCAUGUUUUAUGAAGAAGGCACAAAAUCAGUUAACAAUAAUGAAACAGCAGCGACUGUGGAACAUCUAUGCUAAAGGUACAACAGUAAAUCAGAUGCACGUUUUUUGUGACUGUUUCAUGCAUCUGUAGCAUGCUGCAGGACUUUUUUUUAAUUGUUGCAGAAUUGUGAAGGUAUACCACUAUGCUGUGCUUUGGCAAUCAGGUGUCUGUUGUCUGUUGUACAAGCUUCUGUCUAUAAAGGAAAAAUACUUGGGUUUGAAUUUCAGCUCACUGAAUGAACGAUAGGGUAGUAGAAGUUGAAUUCACUUCUGAAUAUUUGCCAUGCCUCUCGAUAACACAGGGGCAUGUCUUAAUUUGCUUGCUCUUGACUGCAUAUAUUUACAUUAGCCAUGCUAUAACAUAACCAGCCAUUAAGAAAGUGUCACAACAUUUUUCGUCUGAGCGCCAUCAGGUUUUGGCUUAUACAUUGCAGUGUGGCUCUUUAAAUAUGUAACAAUAGGCUAUGAGCUUAAUGUCUUGUGGAGGACAGAGUUAGAAGAAAAGUUAAUUGUGCAGCAUAACUUUCUAGAUGGCGACAUAAUAAAGUGCAUAAGUUCUUAUGUUAAGCAACUUAAUUUUUUUUAAUUAGCUAGCUUAAAGUAAAGUUUUUUUUUUCUCGCCUACAAGCUACAAACAGCAACAGCUACCCUUUCUUCAAGUCAUACAUGUAUACCUGCUUGAUGUGACACUGGUAGGUUUCUUGCCAUUGUUUAGCAUGCGUAUAACCACUUGAGUUUUGUCAUUGUUGUUACAUAAAGGUGCAGAAAAAAUCAUGCUCCUUUUCAUUCAUUCAGGUCACCAACUCUUUACUUAAUGAGGCAGCAAAUUAUUAUAUUUUAUGUUGCAUAAGCUGAGCAGUAUAUAAAAGUCUAUCAAAAUAUUGAAAAUCGGAAAAAGUUACUUCAAUGACCUCAGGUAUGUUUCAUUUCUGCUUGGAGAUGUUUCACACAUGCUAUAUUUGAAGGUGCUUGCCUCGGUCACUAAUAAGAGGAACUAGUUCAACGACAAUAGAGUGGAACUGAAGUGAGGUAUCGUGGACAUUCGCCGUAGUGCCAUUUUUUUUUUUUUCUAGUUACAUACUGCAGACCACACAUCGGUCCUUGAAGCAAGGGCACUAAAGCGUACAAGGCAAGUACGCCUUUGAAGUUUGCCAUUGUUUCUUGCAGCACCACAGGUUUCAUGUGUCGAAUAGACUUUUGCAAGCACCUAGGAGCUACCCUUGCACUGCAUAUUAGAUCAGGAUGCUAUACGUUCUGAAAAGAUCGGAGCAACAGAAACCGAUCUGAUGAACUUAUAAUACCUGUAUUUGUUACAAUCUUUAUGAAUAAAGUUUGAGCAGUUCAAUCUUUAGGACAGUGGGACGUAGAGUGUGACAUAGAUCUUUAGCAGUGCGACAUAGAGUCUCAACAAAGCAAAGUGCCUUUAUUAUUUAAGUGUGGCAUGACAUAAAAAACUGAAAAGAAAAAAAAAACAAGGUGACCAUUCGUAAUGAGUGCCAUGAAAGGGUCUUGUUUGAAGGCGGCUCAGACUCCACAGACACAGCAAAGUGCAUUAGCAGUAGAAAGAUGACCAGGGUCAUGAUUUUGUCAAAUUGCAUGUCAAAUGCACAUAUAAUUAUAGAGGAAGUUGUACUAGUUGGCAUACCGAAAUUCAGACAUGUUAACUAGCAUUAAAAUGGUGUAGGAUUAGAAUGUGUCCAUCUUGCAUCUCAUUCCAGUCCUACAUCUUUUUAGUGGCAUUUUAUGUCUGAAUUCUCAAAUGCACAUAAUGUCGCUGAUGCAUAUUUAACCGGUGGAUGUCAGUGCACACCAUGGCUGCUUGCAUAUGUAAUUAGCACAGAGUGUUCGGGUGGCAGUGCUUGGUUUGUUGGCCUAUCGACAUCCUAUUCUGCUGUUUACAGAACAUAAUUGCCGGGUCCCUGUAGGGCAGAGGAAUCCCGAGGUGGUAUUUUCUACAACCUAGUCUUCCUUGCUGAAGACGUACACAGGACAACGUUGAAAGUUUAUAUGAGAGUGCAGAUAUGCCUUGGUUCUAUUCUGUGUACUAUUAUGUGCAUUUGUGCCUGAUCCACGAAAGCUGUGUUGCGUGUUGUCUGGUGUGAUAUGACAAGCUUCCAUUGCUGUAGCUGCAAAAGUAGAUGUGUAUGUCUUUGUCGUGAGCUGACAGCUCUUUUGUCCCAUGUUCUUGGCAGUUUCAUGAAUGAGAAAGGGACGGUGCCCUCCCUACCCAAACUUCUCUGUGGAGUCUUGUAUGAUGUAAGCGAGUUAAUUGUGGCCUUACAAAACCAGCCUGUGUGAGGUUUGUUCAAUAUCUUCUUUUUUUUUUUGUACAAUCUGCCAACUUUUGCCUACUACUUCUGUUUGUUAAGAUUUGUUAGAAGCGAUGUACAAACGUGCAUUUACCACAACUGUUUGUCUAUUUGUCUAUUAAGGCACACACAUUUGUUCAAUGUGGGGAAAGUGUUACCCUCCACCUGCCUUACAUUUUGUAUGUGUUGUGUAUGUAGACUUCAUUCCCAAGUAGCUAUGAAGGGUGUUUGCUCACUAGCAACUUGUCUUAAGAUCUUGAGGCAAGAUUUGCCUGCACUUGAGUCGGCACAUAAAGCCCGACCGAUGUUGGUGUGGACUGUUUCAAGGUUGUAGUUGUAACAGGCCAUGACAAGAUGUUGCAAGUGUAAUAUAUUUGAACGCUUAUCACCUUAGCAAUGCUUUCCUUUUUUUUUCUUUUUUGGUGUGCACAGCGUUGUUAGAGAAUGGGAAUUGUGUGCUGCUGGCAGUUUGGACUUUUUUUCUGUCAAGCUGAGAAUACCCAAGUAGUCUGUCAUAUGCACCUGGUCAUUUGUUGUUGAUUUUUUCCAAGGUGUCAGUGUGUGCCAAGGCUUGUGGAAAUAAGAAAGAGGAAGUGGAUAUUGUGAGGAGGGAGGGAGAACUCGCUUGUAGUCUCAAGUAUUGUGUACUGCCGUAAAAUUUGCUCAAGGCAGCAUUCCCAGGAAUGUUGUGUAUGUUAAGCAGCCCGUGAGCGGAAGAACAAUGCUAACUUGCCACUUAACUUGAGAUACACCCAAGGCAUGCUGUGUAUAGGAGCUUGGUGAACGUUUUAAUGGAACUGUAUCGGCGAUUACAUUAGUACACAUUCACAAGUUCGCCACCAAUAAUGGGAAACCUUGCACCGAUUUUAUUUCUACAUGUGUAAAAAAAAAAAUAAGUGCAAGAGCCAAGAUACUGUAAUGGUUGGUGAGGUUUCAUCUAGGUUCACGACAGUGGAAUGCGUAUGGUAAUGAUUCUAGGGCCACCUGUUUUCCUUGUACUGUAGCACAGCAUGUUAAUAGUUUUGUGAGCCAGCGUUUUCACCUACAAGCAGUGCCUCUGGGGAACGAAGGCCUGUUGGGCAGCUACCACACAUGUCCCCUUGGCACUGCGUGAGAUGACUUGCAAAACCAGCAAUUCAGACCAUGCAAAAGCGCACAGGAAAUUUUGUGCACCUCAGGAAGCAUGUACAAGUGAAUAAUGCUUGUUAGGAAUGCUGUUAAACCUGUGUGUUCAGGUUGUUAUUGCCGAGCAAGGUGCCGCUUCUUACCAUUGUUAGGGUAUUUAAGUAUGAAACGUUAAGGAAAAUUACCUCACGUGCUGCUGCGCAUCUAGCCGCUGUUCUUCCCCCACGGAUGAAUGCACGCAUGCAUCUAAGCGCGCUGCUGUGCUGCUCUUUUUUUUUAUCUUUCUUUUUUUUCUUACAUUCCUGCACAAGCCUGUGCCCCAAGAUUCUGCCUCCAGUAGAAUUUUGUCUCCAUGCAUUACCAGCUGUGAUGACUUAGCCUCGUCAGUGGAAUGAGAUUACGAGGUUCACCAUGAAACGGGAAGGAGGCUGAAGAAAAGUAUGAAAGGACUGACUGCAGGCAGCAUGCGUUUUGUCUCGUGUUGCACCUGUGAAAACGUACCAGAUGCACCUCAUUUAGAGUUGAGAUGUUGGCUUUCCAGAACUAGUCAUGUGGUUUAGAGUGGAGAGAGAGCAGCGGAGUUGGCAUUUGCAAACAAGAUUUUUUUUUGUCAUUAUUUUACCUUUGAUCCCCACCCCACCUUAACUUCAUUUCGUUCUUGGUCUAUAUUGUGUCAAUGUCUGCUUGGAGUGUAUUGAUUGUUGGCAGAAAAAAAAAGAAACUGUGGACAAUAUUGCUAGUGCAGCUGUGACUGUUAGUGACCACUGUUGCAGCUGACAAUUCUGGUUUUUUCUCUUCUUUCUCUCCUUCUUCCUACUGUCAAUGAAAAUAUGAGCAUUGCAUUCCUUGUGCCACUGUUGAUGCAAAUGCACAUAUGUUACACGUACUUGAUAAUGUUUGUCAGAGAAGCAGGGUGGUGAUAACAAUGAUACUCUUACCUCUUACAUAAAAAAAAUUGCAAUGUACUUGUUUGGUAAACGCAAGCUGCAGCAUUGAAAAUGUUGUUCUUUUCAUUUCUUUUUAUUAGUCAACACACUGGAAGUAAACCUCAAGCGUCCCAAGCUUUGUAUGUGACUCCGAGGACCUAUGCAUGUGGCUUGGUUUCUUGAGUAGCUACAAAGUAGAUAAGAUGUUUUAUAUUAUUAUUAUUAUUAUUAUUAUUAAAUAUACAAGUUUAAACUGC